UGAUUCAUGUAGAUUAUGGAAUCCUACGAUGUAUUCCUCAUUGGAAACUUCGUGGCCCUUCCCGCCUUCAGAGACCGGUUCGGUAUAUUUGACGAAGCGACUGGCGGUUAUGUCAUAGCGACUAAGUGGCAGUCGGCGCUUCAGAUGUCCGGGCAGCUUGGUGCGCUCAUUGGCGUUUUCCUUGCAGGUCCCCUCACUAGCCGUAUUGGAUACCGUUGGGCGACUUUGGUUGGCCUCAUGCUCAUGAACGCGACCAUCUUUGUUUCAUUCUUUGCCAACUCGCUCCCACUCUUCUUCACUGGUCAGCUCCUUGAAGGCAUACCAUGGGGCAUUUUCAUCGCCAAUGCCCCUGCAUAUUGCAGCGAGAUUGUCCCCAUGCGCUUGCGUGCCCCUGCUACACAGGUCCUGCAAAUGUUCUGGGCAAUCGGCAGUAUCGUCGUCGGUGCUGUCACUUACAGGUACAACACCAGGCCCGACACUGCUGCCUACAAAAUACCACUCGCGCUUCAAUGGAUGUUCCCCACUCCACUCGCUAUCCUCAUGUUUCUUGCGCCCGAGUCACCUUGGUGGCUUGUCCGAAAGGGACGUCUCGACCAAGCGGCACGCUCGGUAGAACGUCUAGGACGCAAAUCGAGGCUCAACGCGGGUGAGGUUGUGGCUAUGAUGCGACGUGUUAUCGACUUGGAGACGUCCACCUCUGCGCCCGGUUACAUAGAAUUGUUCAGAAAGACAGACCUCCGACGUACCCUCAUUGUGUGCGGUAUCUAUGGAGCACAGAAUCUUGCCGGCAACCUUAUCGCUAACCAGGCCGUUUACUUCUUUGAGCAGGCCGGCAUCAAGACCAACCUUGCGUUUGCUUUGGGCCUUAUCACCUCGGCCUUGCAGAUGGUCUUCGUUAUGGCUUCAUGGUUUCUUACAACUUAUUUUGGCCGACGUACCCUCUACCUAUGGGGCACAGGUGUCAAUACCGCCCUGCUUAUUGCCCUGGGGGUUGCCGCCUCGUGCGGCACUUCAACUGCGGCUUCGUAUGCCCAGGCGAGCUUAGGCCUCAUCAUCUCUGUUUUGUUCACCUUCGCCGCAGCGCCCGUCUCGUGGGUCGUCAUUGGAGAAACGUCGGCUAUCCGGCUCCGACCCCUCACAACAGGAAUCGGGCGAGCUACAUAUUACAUCGUUGAGAUACCUUGCAUUUUCCUCGCUUCGUACAUGCUUAAUCCCACUGGCGGAAAUCUUGGCGGGAAGUGUGGCUAUGUGUGGGGUGCGACUGGAUUAUUUUGCUUCGUCGUCGCGUUCUUUUGCCUGCCUGAGAUGAAGGGUCGAUCCUACCGCGAGAUCGACCUUCUGUUCAAGCGUCACACGCCGGCUCGUAAGUUUGCAACAACGGAAAUUGGAGUAGAGGACGAUGAGUAGAAAAGACCUAGUUAAGAAGUUGCAUUUGGUUUGUAUUUACAAUGUUUUAAGGGUUAUGAGGUUGUGUCAGGGGCGCGUUUACUUUAUUAGCUUGAUGUAU